AUGCCACCUGUCACCCCCGCCACUGCGAUCAGCGUUCUGCCGCUGCAUGCGGCCGUGGCCGCGGGAAAAGUUGAGGAGGUGCAAGUGUGGCUCGACGUGCACGCGCCGCUUCCAUCGGAGGAAGGGCUGGACCGCGAAGGCAAAUCCGUUUCCACCCCGCAGUGGCCUCCGAGGCCAGUCAGCGACAUCCUCGGACCAGGGAGCGCGUCGAGGGAGCCGCCGUGCGAUCAGGUCGGGGACGCUGCCGACGCUGGGCCAGGGGCGAACGAAGCGACGGAGGAUGGCGAAAAUCCAGUCAGGCCAGGCAUACAGAACAAACACAGGUUCGCCGGCGAGCUCGCACGACUUCCUUCGAUUCCCAAGAGGGAUAGCGAUCGAUCGAGCGCAGGUGUCGACGGCGUGAAGCGGGGCCCCGUUGAUACCCGCAACGAGCACGGGAACACUGCACUCGCGGUGGCGGCGGCGCUGGCGGAUCCUGCUGUGGCAGCGGAGUUGACGGCUCUGUUGCUGGAACACGGGGCGUCACCCCUCGUGUUGUCCAGCAAUCUGACACCGCUGCACUGGGCGGCACAGCAGGGUAAUUGGGCGGCGCUAACGACGAUGGCGAAGUGGGAGGGAGGACGCGCCGUGGAUGCGAGGGCGGCGGAGACGGGAGAGACGCCCCUGAUGGCAGCGGCGAGCGCCGGACAGUUGGAUUGCUGCCUGAGUCUCCUCACCGCCGGUGCGGAUCCCUUGGCGGUCAACGUCGACGGCGUGGGGAUUCUCGCUCUAGUGGCGUCCAAGGUGUCGCAGGGUAAACGCUCCAAGGUGCGAGCCGCCGUGCGAUUGGCGCUGCUGAACGCGGCGCCCCAGCUCCGGGUGUUGCUGCUGCAUCACGAGGACUGCGGCAGGCACAUCUCCUUCAAGCCGCAUCAGGAAUCACCCGAACGCAUCAGCGCCAUCCUCGCCUUCAUCGCGAAAGGCGCGACGAUCGGGUCGCUCUCCGCCGACGAGCUCCUGGUGUCCACCGAAUUCGACCAGGCUAGCAAGGAGCACCUCCUGCGGUGUCACAGCGAGGAGUACAUCUCCGUCAUUACCCAGCUGGGGGAGCAGGUGGCAAACACUCCCGUGGCGUUUACCCCGUACUACCAGGGCUUCAAGGGAUUGCCCCAGGCCAAACAAAAGAAGGCUGAGUUCAGCGACACAUUCUUCAGCCCCGGAACCAUGGCCGCGGCCCUGAGAGCCGCGGGCGGUGUCGUUCACGCCGUGGAGAGCGUGCUGAAGGGACACUCACGCACGGCGUUUGUGUGCGUGCGCCCGCCGGGUCACCACGCCGGUGUGGACGGCGCCACCGCCGGGGCUCCGAGCAGCGGGUUCUCGAUCGUCAACAACGCCAUGAUAGGUGAGUGGUCCUCCGACGUUUCGUAA